AUGUCGACCCAAAAGAACAAGUACUCGGUCCUGCUGCCGACCUACAAUGAAAGGCGCAACCUCCCCAUCAUGAUCUGGCUGAUCAACCAGACCUUCACCGAGCACAAACUCGACUACGAAGUCAUCAUCGUCGACGACGGCUCCCCCGACGGCACGCAAGAAAUCGCCCACCAACUAAUCAAAGCCUACGGGUCCUCCAAAGUAAAACUCUACACCCGGUCCGGCAAACUCGGGCUCGGAACGGCCUACGUGCACGGCCUGCAGUUCGCGUCCGGCAACUUCGUCAUCAUCAUGGACGCGGAUUUCUCACACCACCCGAAAUUCCUCCCGCAGAUGAUCGCGAAGCAGAAAGAGGCGAACUACGACAUCGUGACGGGGACGCGGUACGCGGGCGCCGGCGGCGUGUACGGCUGGGACUUGAAGAGGAAGCUCGUCUCGCGCGGCGCGAACCUCUUCGCGGAUACGGUGUUGAGGCCCGGGGUGAGUGAUCUCACGGGGAGUUUUCGGUUGUAUAAGAACGCGGUGUUGCAGGAGGUGAUCAAUCGGACGGAGAGUAAGGGGUAUUCGUUCCAGAUGGAGAUGAUGGUUAGGGCCAAGGGUAUGGGGUUUAGUGUGGCGGAGGUGCCGAUUACGUUUGUGGAUCGGUUGUAUGGGGAGAGUAAGUUGGGUGGGGAGGAGAUUGUGGAGUAUUUGAAGGGGGUUAUGAAUCUUUGGGUGAAGGUUUAG